GUGUACGGGACAGUUUACGUCACAACCUGUGUUGCGGCGCAGCAUCACGACGAUGUAAUGGCUGGUCGAAGUCUGGAUGGGUGCGACAGAGAGCAAAAGUUGCUGGAAUGAAUCGAAGGUGUCAGCGUUUUUUUCUGACUGCGGCAAAACGGUAGGAUGUUUUGACAAGUACUGUUUGGCGUCAUGUUAAUAAAUCCGCGCGUUUCAGUACUUCUCGUUCAGGUAGUGUAAACGACACUGUCAUUUAAGCAGCAUUGCAUUGCGCAAAGGGAGCUGUACCCAUUAGCACUUGCGUGUACUAUACCUGGACUAUCCAUCGCUGACACAGGUGUAAACAGGAGUGGUGGGUGUGGUAUAAGACGAAAAAAGGAGAAAACGAAUAUGACCUGGCAUUAAGAGAACUGGUUGGACAGCUUUUCGUUUACUCAAAGCAGUGGAACAGUAGUGGGACGCAGUCCAUUGUCUCCAGGGUCCCGCAAUAAACUUUGCCCAACAUUACUGCAGGAUUGCAAGGCGAGCGCUUGGUUGUUUUUGAGUAUCCCUCCACCAGGGUGACUGACAAGGCAGAGCAUAAUGGACGUGAAGAACCUAAAGGAGUACCUGUGCUGGCUGUACUACCAAUACCUGCUCAUCACCGGCAUCUACGUCCUGGAACCCUGGGAGCAGUCCAUCUUCAACACCGUUCUCUUCACCAUGGUUGCCAUGGUGAUCUACACCUCCUACGUCUUUGUGCCCAUCCACGUGCGGCUGGCGCUGGAGUUCUUCUCCGGGCUGUGCGGGGGACAGCCGGAAAGCACGGUGGCACUGAUGAACUAAGGGGAACGCUCCUCACCUUCCCCUCUGCGGCACGGGCAUUCGGCUGUGCUGCAGAAGAUACUGGAUGGCUUUGAAAAAAACACACACACACAAACUGCUCUGGACUUCUCUGCCUCUUCCAAUCCGCUGUGUUAGAAAAGACAGUGCUUUUACCGCCACGUUCUACAUUUGCUGUUGCCUUCAUCUGUUUGUUUUUUUUUUAAUGAAUAGUCAAAUGACAGAUUCCACUCCGCCUGCGUUUUUUUUGUUCACAAUACAUCAUGAAGGAAUUCCUGUACAGUUCCUGUAUGACUGCAUAACGUUACCAUUUGCAUGAUAGGAUCUGUCCAAAAUAGGCUGCUGAUUUGCAUGCAACUGUAAUUAUUUUGGCAAUUCCCACAUUUCCCUGUCAUUCAUAUUUGGGAGAGUGGAGCUCCCCACACAUGCCUUUUGUCAUUUGCUGUUGACGGCUGUUUGAUAAUAAGGAAACCUAACCUAUUCCCCCAUGUAUUUUAUGCAAUUACAUGCUCCUAGCUCAACUGCAUUUCUUGAAUGACAGAUGCCAGCUGACAUCUCGAAAUCAAAUGCAGGAGUGGAUUGUACACGUCUGUCCUCAGCUUGAUUUGCACAUCUGCUCUCUCACCCCUCCCACCCCUCCCAUAAAGAAAGCAAGAUAGAGUGGGUGUUUUUUAAUGUCUCUGGUAUUACAAAAGCUAUAACCAAGAGGAAGUGCUGCUGCAGGGAAGAGAUUGCUUUAGUGCAUGCAGCAAAUGUAAAAAAAAAAACAGUUGCAUCCACUUUUUUGUCAGCUCCAAAAACGAAAUUCCCAAGACAUCAAUAAGACUUCAAUGGUUUUUCAUCUCAAUAUUUAUUGUCACGUUCAAUAUAAAUUUUACUUACUGUACGCUGGCAAAUUUCCAUUAUGUUAACUGUUAGAAUGCCACUACUCAAGGAACCUAUACAGUGUGUGAACAAAUAUUGACUUUGCUUGUGCUUAAAGGUUGGGUCUGUUAUCCUCGGUAAACAGGUGUUCUCUGUUCCUCUCCUCUUUGAGUGGAGGCGAAGCUGUACAAUUCUGCAGUGAAUGGAAAAACUCACCAGAGUGAGAAGAUAUUUCUAUGACUGGGCUUCUUAUUGCUUGGAGAGUAAACUGUGAAGACUGUAAAAACAAUAAGUGACAAGCAAUACUAAUUACUACGCCUUUGUCUUCCUGUUUGGAUUUUUUAUGUCUUUUUUAUCACUGAUUUUGUUCUUAAGUUAGAGCAAAGGGCUGCUGGGGAUUGUGUUAUCCAUUCUUGAUAUAUAUAUAUUUAUAUUUAUAUACACUGGUAAAGCUUGGCUGGUUACAAUGUCAAUUACCAAACUGUUUGCAUUUAUUUAUGUCAUGUUCAACAUUGUCUCUUGUUGCCAUAUAUGUAUUGCUCUGAUGGUUUGACUGAACGGCCACUUUUUUAAUGAAUGUAGCCCUGUGAUUAGACGUUUGACACUGCAGGUAGACUGAUUAGGAAAUCACUGAGUAUUGUUUGUGAAGAUUUAUGAGAGGAUAUAUCCCCUGUGUAUGAAUUAUGAUUUUAUUACC